GAGUAUCUGUCAAUAACCGGAGCUGCGUCGAUAAACAUGGCGGCCAAGGGGCUUCGGCAGCGAACCAGGCGAGGCAGCAGACAAGAUGCAAACAACGUCAACCUCCCCCCCGACACCCGGCCACCGAAGGAGGAGAAAGGGGCCGAGGACAGUAAAAUCACAGAGACCCGACAAGAGUCAGUAAGUCGUGGAGGUCAGGUUUGGGCUCCGGAAGGCUCCACUGCCUUUAAAUGCCUGCUCUCAGCACGUUUCUGUGCAGCUUUGCUCAGCAACAUCUCAGACUGCGAUGAGACUUUCAACUACUGGGAGCCUAUGCACUACCUGCUUUAUGGUACAGGGAUGCAAACAUGGGAAUAUUCUCCAUUGUACGCCAUCAGGUCCUACGCUUAUUUGUGGUUACAUGCUCUUCCUGCUUGUUUGCAUGCUCAUGUACUCCAGACAAACAAGGUGUUGGUGUUCUACUUUGUACGAUGUGUCUUAGCAUUCUCCUGCUGUGUCUGUGAACUCUAUUUCUACAAGGCAGUUUGUAAGAAGUUUGGUUUGCAUGUGGGCCGUCUGAUGUUGGCUUUCCUUGUCCUGAGCACUGGCAUGUUCUGCUCAUCUGCAGCAUUCCUGCCGUCCACCUUCUGUAUGUAUACGACGUUAGUUGCUAUGACGGGAUGGUUUCAGGACUCGACUCCGUUAGCCGUUACAGGUGUGGCUGCCGGCGCCAUAGUAGGAUGGCCGUUCUCUGUUCUGAUUGGGGUUCCCAUUGCCUUCGACCUGCUGGUGUUGAAGAGGCAGUGGAAAAGUUUUAUCACCUGGUGUGCUGUUGCGUUACUGCUACUACUGGUACCUUUGGUGGCUGUGGACUCUUUCUUUUAUGGCAAACUGGUCAUUGCUCCUCUCAAUAUAUUGCUGUACAAUGUGUUCACACCACAUGGGCCUGAUCUGUAUGGUACAGAGCCCUGGCAUUUCUACUUUCUAAAUGGAUUCCUGAACUUUAACCUCGUGUUUGCACUGGCGCUGUUUGCUCUGCCCCUCACUGCCCUCAUGGAGACACUGUUACACAGAUUUAAUGUUCAGAACCUGGGCCGUCCAUAUUGGCUGACUCUGUCUCCGAUGUAUCUGUGGAUGCUGGUUUUCUUCACCCGACCUCAUAAAGAAGAACGGUUUCUCUUUCCUAUCUACCCCCUCAUCUGCCUCAGCGGGGCAGUGGCCCUCUCCUCUCUGCAGAAAUGCUACCACUUCCUGUUUCAGCGUUAUCGAUUGGAGCAUUACACCGUCUCCUCUAACUGGUUGGCUUUAAGUGCAGUCGUGGUCUUCACGGUGCUGUCACUGUCUCGCUCUGUUGCGCUCUUUAGAGGUUACCACGCCCCUCUGGACCUUUACCCAGAGUUCUACCGCAUCGCUAAGGAUCCAACGCUUCAUUCGGUCCCUGAAGGCAGGCCUGUUAGCAUAUGUGUGGGAAAAGAGUGGUACCGCUUCCCCAGCAGCUUCCUCAUACCACGCAACUGGCAGUUGCACUUCAUUCAGUCUGAGUUCAAAGGUCAGCUUCCUCAGCCAUACUCAUCUGGUCCCCUGGCCACACAGAUUAUCCCAGCCAACAUGAAUGACCAGAACCUGGAAGAACCAUCAAGAUAUGUGGAUUUACGACAGUGCCACUACUUGGUCGACUUAGACACAGAUGAAGAGACGCCACAUGAGCCACGUUAUUCCUCCAACAAAGAAGAGUGGAAUAUCAUUGCUUAUAAGCCAUUCCUUCAGGCAUCAAGGUCAUCUCCCAUUUUCCGAGCAUUCUACAUCCCAUUUAUAUCAGAACAUCAUACCACCUACAGACGCUACGUCAUCUUGAAACCGCGGCGGCAAAAGCAGGCCCGUAAGCGGAGCCAUGGCUAACCUUUGAACCAGCCCAGUGUUCAGAGAGUCCGGACAAAUGGAAUCAGUCACUUCCCCUCAAAUCGGCUGGUAUUUGUGCGUGAGUGCAUAUACAUGUUCUGAAGUAUUGUCUCUUAAAAUGUUUGAGGAUACCUGACCCUUUAAAGACAUUUAAGUCUGCUUUUGGGCUUACAUGUGUGUGAACGAGUAAAACAUUUUGUAUGUAUGCAGGUGUGCUUGACAGAUAUCAGCUGGACCUGUUUGUCAACGGUUUUAUCUCAGUUUCUCUGUGCGUGUUUGUAAAUGAAUAUCUUACGGUGGAUGCGCAUUACAACAUUUUAUUUAUCCAUGGGCUGACGCAAAAUUUCUUUUUGUACUGAACUUGAAUAUGUGGACCUGAAAUGUGAAAUUGCUGAUAAUUACUUUGAGAAAUCUUGUUUUGUUCUCACACAGCACUUCAACAGUAUCUGCUUUGUCAGGUGUGGGUUGUAAAGAUGAAUGAGUGUGUGAGUGCAUGAUUAAUUUAAUUUGGAAUGUUAAUAAAAUCUGAUUGACUGCAAAC